AUGCUUUUCUGUAUCUACUCCAUCAGGUGUAUGCCUACGGUGGGUCACAGGGUGAAGCCUUGGGCGUACGGCAUGGAAGACAUGACACAGCUGGAGGAGCUGAAUGAGACCACGGUGCUGAUGAACCUGAAGAAGCGCUACGACCAGGAACUCAUAUAUACAUAUAUAGGUAUUAUCCUCAUCUCAGUGAAUCCCUACCAGAUGUUCAACAUGUACGGGACGGACGUGGUGUUGCAGUAUGAAGGACGCGGAAUAGCAGACAACCCUCCGCAUCUGUUUGCCAUCGCCAGUGUUUCCUACACCACCAUGAUGGAUGCUAAACACAACCAGUGUAUCAUUAUCAGUGGGGAGAGUGGAUCAGGGAAAACUGAAGCGACUAAAAUGGUCCUCCGUUACCUGACAGCUAUACAUCACAAACGCAACAUAACACAACAGAUUGAGAUCCUGGAGGCCACACCCCUGUUGGAAUCCUUUGGGAACGCCAAAACGGUCCGGAACGACAACUCUAGUCGCUUCGGGAAAUAUGUGGAGAUAUUUCUGGAAGAAGGUGUAAUCAGCGGUGCCAUAACGUCUCAGUAUCUACUGGAGAAGUCCCGCAUCGUCUUUCAGGGUAAAUCAGAGAGAAACUACCAUAUCUUCUAUGAGCUGCUGUCUGGUCUGGAGCCUCACCAGAAACGCUCUCUUUACCUGCAAGAGGCGGAGACAUACUUUUACCUCAACCAGGGUGGUGACUGUGUGAUAGAGGGGAAGGACGACGGGGCAGAUUUCCGUCGUGUGCAGAGUGCCAUGGACAUCCUGUGUUUCAGUCCCGACGAGCAGAACGGCAUCUACAGAAUACUGUCCUCCGUACUACACCUAGGGAAUGUAUACUUCCAGCCAUUCCAGGCUGAAGGCCAGGAGGUGGCGACGGUGGUCAGCGAUCAGGAGAUCAGAGUCGUAGCUGAGCUGCUCCAGAUCUCUCCUGAGGGACUCAAGAAGGCCAUCACACACAAAGUCACGGAUACUGUCCGGGAGAAGAUCUACACCCCCCUGACUGUGGAGAGCGCUGUGGACGCCAGAGACGCUGUCGCGAAGAUCCUGUACUCGCUGCUGUUUCAUUGGCUGACCGAGAAGAUAAAUGGGCGGGUCUAUCCUCACAACGAGGCUCUGUCCAUCUCUAUACUGGACAUAUACGGCUUCGAGGAUCUGUUAUUCAACAGUUUUGAGCAGCUGUGUAUCAACUAUGCCAACGAGACGCUGCAGUUAUACUUCAACAGGAUCAUCUUCAGGGAGGAGCAGGAGGAGUACAUCAGGGAGCAGAUCAGCUGGCAAGAGCUUCCCUUCAGCGACAACCAGGCCGUCAUCGACCUCAUCGCCGCUAAGCCCCAUGGGAUUCUGAGGAUCCUCGACGACCAGUGCGGCUUCCCACAGGCGACAGACCACACCUUCCUCCAGAAGUGUAACUAUCACCACGGUAACAGCGAUCUGUACGCCCGGCCGAAGAUGCCCCUCCCGGAGUUCACGCUGAAACACUACGCUGGGAAAGUCACAUACCAGGUGCAUAAGUUCCUCCAUAAAAACUUUGACCUGGUCCGUCAGGAUGUCCUGGAGCUGUUCAGUCGGAGUAAGAACCUCACGGUGUCCAACCUGUUCCUCAAACACAGCGAGGGUCUGGCGUCUCAGCAGCGUUCUGCCGUCAGGAGGGGCUCCACCGCUCGCCGCCUCGCCGGCAACACCGUCAGCGCCAAGUUCCAGAGCAGUCUGCAGGACCUGGUGGAGAAGAUGGAGAGAUGUAAACCGUACUUUGUACGUUGCAUCAAGCCAAACCAGCACAAGGAACCGGGCCAGUUUGAAAUGGAACUGGUGAAGACUCAGCUACGCUACUCUGGUAUCCUGGAGACCGUACGCAUCAGGAAGGAGGGAUACCCAAUCAGAAUACCUUUCCACCACUUCCUCAACAGGUACAAGGCGUUGCUGUGUCUAAAGGAGAUACUUCCAGCGGACGGGGACACCUGUGUUGAGAUGAUCCAUAAACUCUGUCCUGUUAAACCUGGAACAUACCAAGUAGGAGUUACCAAGAUGUUCCUGAAGGAGGAGCUCCACCAGGUGUUGGAGCGGAAGCGUGACCUGGUGAUCCACGUGGCGGCCGUGACGCUGCAGCGCUGCAUUCGUCUGUACUUCAUCAGGAAGAAACGGAACAAGUUCAGAAACACCAUGAUUCAUCUACAGACCUACUGCAGAGGACACCUGGCUAGGAAGAGGUUUGCUCUGAAGAGGAAGUGCCUCAUCAAAUUCCGUUCCAUCGUGUUGCUCUACAUCAACCGACGAAGCUACGUGAAGGAGCGAGCCAACAGAGAGGUGGUAAACGUUACAACUCUGCCCAUCCCUGCUGAGCUGGGGUUUCUGCUGCAGGCUACCGCAGGUAGGGAGCUCCACUCUCAGUGUCUAGCUCUGGUCCAAGCCCCUAUGGUCCAGGUGGAUACUCAGCUGACUCUGCCGCUAGACAUCAACAACUACCUCAUCACUCACUACAUCAGGACCAUCUUCAGGGAAGCCUUGUUUGGGAUGUUGUUUGCUCCACUGGAGCGCUCUCUGACCCGAGUGGACGAGGAACUGAAUCAGCCAGCGGUGGAAGUCUUCAUGCUGAUUCUGAGGUUCAUGGGGGACCCCGAUCUGAACGGAGCUCAGGAGAACCUGUUUGGCAACUACAUCAUCCAGAAAGGACUGGCCAAUCGGGGCCUCCGAGACGAGAUCCUGGCGCAGGUAGCCAAUCAAGUGUGGCGAAACGUCAACCCUCAGAACUCGGAACGCGGUUGGCUUCUCCUGUCCGCGUGUCUCUCAUCCUUCCCUCCGUCGCAGCGGCUGGAAAAAUACCUGCUCAAAUUCGUCUCAGACUACGGUCCAGUAGGAUACGACUGUCUGUGUCAACACCGUAUACUCCAGUCCAUGCAGAGGACGUCACUGGGUUACCACGGUUACCACGGUUACCACGUCUCCCGGACCUACCCUCCAUGUCUGCUGGAAUGGACGGCCAAUCGCAAGAUGGCUCACACCGUCCUGCAGAUACACUGUUACACUGGCGUGUCCUUCCUGUGUCUACUACACUCAUGGACCACUGGAGAGGUCCUGGCCAGAGACAUCUUACAGCACAUCGGUGUGUCUGAGGGUGGGCGGGGCUGGUCCGUGUUGCUACGGGAACCGUCCCAGUGGGUGGAGCUGGAGGGCGGCGACUACGUGUUUGACCUGAUCUCAGACCUGGAGUUGCCGACUGACUUUUCCAAACAGAAGAACUACUUUGUCGUAUCAGCACAGGACCCCAGCAGGCUCACGACUAGCAUCAGUAGCCUGAUGGGCCGUGGGUUUGGACCAGAUGAAAGCCAGUCCAGACCCUCCUCCAUGAACACUACCAGCAGACACAGCUCUGGGGCGCUCUACGGACACGACUCAGAGCCCCAGAGAGGGAUGGAUCGUUACCUUGAUAGCCUGUUUGACCCUGUUCUCUCAGACGGCACAGGGGACAUGGAGCAUCCAUCUGGUCUCUCCAACAGGAUGCAGGGGGGUGGGGGUGUCGGAGGGGGGAGAUGGGACCCACAACCGGGCUCCGGCACCCCUUACUCCACCCAGCCACCCCCUGGAGACAACCUAAACACCUUCUUCGCCCGCUUUGAGGAAAACACAGCGCAGCCAACGAGGGCCACCGACGUUCAUGAAGACAGUGAGCUCUUGUUCUCCGUUGACCUGACCCCUUACACACCCUUCCCCCCAAGCCCGUAUGCUAACAUCACUCCUAGCCCAUAUGCUAACAUCACUCCUAGCCCGUAUGCUAACACCACUCCUAGCCCGUAUGCUAACAUCACUCCUAGCCCGUAUGCUGUCAUGCCUCCCAGUCCUUAUGCUGCUGCCCCUGCCACCUCCAGUCCAGCCAGCCUCCCUGACCAAUUUCCUACCGACCAGAGCCAGAACCUUAAACCCAACUCCACUACCCAGCAUGCCCCUGUCUACCCUGAUGCUAGCCAGCCCACCAGUCCUGAGGUACAGCCACAUCCAGCCAGCGUCCCUGACCCCUAUCCUACCACCCAGGCCAAGCUGGAAGGUAAAGACUGGGUUCCUCAUCAGAAGUCUCCAGCCGUCCCCAUCAGCAAGGAACCUGCCAGGAAGUUUGCCCCGGUGGUUACCAGUCCUGCGCCCCCUGCUGCUGAGGUGGUGAAGUCGUCAGUGUUGCCUCAGGUUGACAUCGUCCCCAGCAGUAACAUCAAGGAUAUCAUCAGACAGUAUGACUCUCCUCCGCCACUGACUGAUGCCCUACCGCCGGGCAAGAGGAGACCGGAGGGGAAGUUUAUGAAAAUGCACAAUCCUCGUGAUGAAGCUCUAGAGAUCCUCAGACCUCAGAUGGACAACCCAGCACCACAGCCCAAGCGUCCCUUAGGCCCAAGCCCCUCUGCGACGGCUCUGAAGGAAGCAGGGUUUAAUCCCACCAAGAGGUCCAAGAAGAAGAAGAAGGUCCCGGAACGCCCUGAACCACUGCCUCUACCAGUAUCGCGGGAGCUGCCAGUGGAGGCGGAGACUAUUCAGACCCAACUGCAUCGCAGCAAAUCACAGGAACACUACACCUACACCAACGUACCCUGGGAGAUCUACCUCAGGAAGGAGGUGUUCUACCCUAAUGACGGCUUCGACCACCCCCUGGUGCUGGACCUCAUAUUCAAACAGAUAGUAAAUGACACUCUGUCUCCGGCGUGUGUUAGAAUCUCCAAUCAGGAGAGAAUGAAGAUGAAGUCUCUGUUUGAGAAACAUGGCGUCGAGCGUAACACGGACACAGUGGACGAGGAGGUGAAGAAGGCAGUUGUCACAGUAGCCAAAGAAUCCUGGGAUAUUUAUUUUUCAUGCCUAUUUCCUGCCUCUGGUAGUGCAGGUACAGGUGUACAGGUGUUGUCCGUUUCUCACACUGGGAUGAAGCUCCUGAAGACAGUGAAGAGCAGCACUAAAGAGUCGGACUACUUCAGAGUCCUACGACAUUACACCUACGCGGACAUCCUUUUUUUGACCGUACAGUCAGAGAACAUGCUGGAGUUUCAUCUGACCAAUGAGAAGCUGAUUUUGUUCUCAGCCAAGGCUCCGCAGGUCAAACACAUGGUGGACGACUUCAUCACUGAGAUCAAGAAGGACUCCCAGUACGUGGUAGCGGAGCGUAACUUGGUGACAGACGAUCGUUCUCUCCUCGCUUUCCAUAAAGGUGACAUCAUCAGGCUGCAGGUCAUGGAAGGACUGGAAAAAGGGUACAGCUACGGCUCUGUUGUGAGGAAGACGGUGGUGUUUCUGGAGGAGAUGAAGAGGGACACGCCAGACUUUGGCUGGAAGUUUGGAGGGGUGUUUGGUCGUGCCGGGGCAUUCCCGACAGAUUUUGUCCGUCCCGUCGCCGCCCCUGACUUCCUGUCCCUCCCGGCCGACCGCAGGGCAGAUCUUAAAGGAGGAGCGGGGCGUGUUGCCGUGACGUCAGCUAUGGCUGUCGCCGUGGCGUCCAGCGCGGCCGCUCACGAGAUAGAUCCCACCCUGGAGGAAGGGUUUGAUGAGGUCCUGGAGGUCGAUGAGAGCGUUCUGCAGGACACGCGUUACGAUAUGGUGGAGUUCGCAAAGAGAUAUUACAGACCAGCUACCAAGGGUGCCUCUGUGAAGUCCAAGAAGCCCAAAGACACCAGAGAUCCCUUUGAAAUGGUCAGGUUCUCCAAGUCUCCACUGUCUGAAUCUCUGAUAGAGUUCACUGAUCCUGCCAUGAACAGAGUGGCUACAGACAUCUUCCUAUCGGUGAUGCGUUUUAUGGGAGACCACCCGCUGAAGGGACUGACAGAACAGGAAGUAGUCAACACCUUCCUGAAGCUGAUUGGACAGUUUGGUCUGAUGAAGGAUGAAGCCUACUGUCAAAUCCUCAAACAGAUUACAGGAAACACCAGCUCUAAACCGGACAGCUGUCAGCGUGGUUGGAGGUUGCUUUACAUCCUGACUGCGUUCCAUCGCUGCUCUGAGGUCCUGAAGCCCUUCCUGUUAAAGUUCCUACAGGACGCCAGCCACAGCCAGGGACCACUGUUUCAGGGUAUAGCCAGGGCGUGUGAGCAGAACCUGAGGAAGACCUUUCGGUACGGAGGACGCGUCGUUCCUCCCAGCAGCAUGGAACUCAAAGCUACGGUGGCAGGGAGGAGCUCCAAGAGACAACUGUUCCUGUUCCCAGGAGGCAUCGAACGGCACCUGAAGAUCAAGACCUGCUCUGUGGCGCUGGACGUGAUCGAGGAGCUGUGUUAUGAGAUGGGCCUACACAGACUGGAGGCCGUUGACGAAUACGCUGUCUUCCUGGUCACGAAGAGAGGUCAGAAUGUCCGUCCCCUCAAUAAGAGGGAGUACAUCCUGGACAUUGCUACGGAGGCAGAGCCAGUGGACAGUGACUACAGCCUGUGGUUCAGGAGGGUCGUCUGGACUCAGACGCUGAAAUUUGACAACGAGCUCUGCGUCACCAUGCAUUAUAACCAGGUGCUUCCGGACUACCGUAAGGGCUUGAUGAACACGCUGCCCAGAGGGAAAGUCUCUGAACAGCAGUUCCUCCAGAUCUCUAAGCUGUCAGCUCUGCAACACAGAGCCAAGGACAUCCCGUUCAUGCCCAGCAUCCAUGAGUUGUCGGAGUACAUCCCCCCCCUUCUGUUCGGGAAGCAGCCCCCCCAGGCAUGGGUCACCAUGGUAACGCAGCACAUGCAGCAGGUCCAGACCCUCAACCCGCACCAGGCCAAAGCUCAGUUCCUGGGUCUGGUCAGUUCGUUCCCCAUGUUUGGCUCCUCGUUCUUCUUCGUCCAGUCCAGCAGCAGUGGCUCCAUGUACGCUCCCUGUAUCCUGGCUGUUAAUCCACGUGGACUGCACUUUCUCAACAAGGACACUCACGAGCUGCAGACAGUAGUCCCCCUGGCGGAGGUGCAGUCUACCCGCACCCAGAGACCCUCGGCCGGGACCAGCUAUCCUUACGUAGACCUCACUCUGGGAGAUCUGAACACUCAGAGAGUCACACAGAUACAGCUGAAACAGGGACUGGAGCUUUGUCGGGUCAUUGCCAUGCACGUGGAGAACAUGCUGUCUCUCCGGGAGAAGAGAUUCACCCUGCCACCAAGCGAUAUCACUGUGUUAUGAGACACUGUCUGUCUGUCUGUCUGUCUGUCUGUCUGUCUGUCUGUCAGGGAGAAGAGACUCACCCUGCCACCCAGCGAGGUCACUGUGAUAUAAGACACACACACUGUAAAAGCAUAAAACAUGUGAUAUGUU